CCUUCUCUUCAGACUGGCUUUAUGUCUGGUCGGUAGCACCGUAAACGCACAUGCGCAGUCGCCAUAUUCCUGAAUUCUCCUCCCCUUUUGGUCUCGUCACAGGCGGCUAGCACUAGCACGGCUACAUUACAAGGCGAUAGCUGUGGAAGAGGAUAGCAACUGGUCUAAACUAAAGGCUGGAUUAAAACAAGUCUUGCGGCACCGUCAAUUUACGCGAAUACAAUCUGUCGACGUGCCAUCGUCGAGGAGUUUGUACGUGUUAAAGCUUCACAUAGCGUUCUAUUCAAAAUGCGACUUCCAGUCUGUUAGCUGUGACUGAUAUAACCCAGUGUCGAUGCGUGCAGUUGUAGCCAACGCUGUCUAAUAUAAAGAGCGACGUGGAAGUCUUAGUGUCAGUCUUGUUUAGGCAGAAAAACAGACGCGGUAUGUUAAAUUGACUCGCUUUGAACGCGCGUAUCCGAUAAACAGCCAGCCAGACCGCUGUUGGCUACGCUGUGAGCUAGCAUUACUCAACGACGACUGUUUUGAACUUAGCCAGCCUAGCUAGCGUAUUAGCGCGCGACCUGGCCGUGGACAUUGUUCAAGCACCCGGAGCAAAAGUGGAAUUACAGAAUCCUGGCUGUAGUUCGUGAAAGCGGACCUUCGUUGUAUGUGGAAACUACUUGGGCGAGUGAAACUCUUGCUAACAAACGGCCUGUCGACACGGCAGUUCUUCUAGUCUGUAUUUACAACUCUGCCGGAGACCACCCGUAGAAAUGCAUCAUCCUGAGUUGUCAGAUCCAGCGAACGCUCGAAAAAUGGCGCAGGCGGCGACUUGUCCCAGACGUGCUUCUUCUAACAUUGCCGGUGGCUCAUCCUCUGCGUUGGCUCCUUCAUCGGGGGGUGCCAGUCAUGGUAGCAACCUGAUUCCGUCAGACGACUAUAAGCCAUCAGCGUUGCUCCAGCCCUUGCCCACAGCCGCGUCUUCACUUGGGACCCAGCACCCUCCUCCCCACAGCCUCAACAUCCUCUCACAGUCCUCGCUUUUGCCCCCAGGUGUGCCCCCAUCAGGUGCACAGAUCAAAAAGAAAAGUGGCUUUCAGAUCACCAGCGUGACUCCAGCACAGAUCUCUGUCAGCACAAAUAACAGCAUUACAGAAGACACAGAGAGUUGUGAUGACUUGGAUGAGUCUCACACAGAGGACCUGUCCUCUUCUGAGAUUUUGGAUGUGUCCUUGUCCCGUGCCAAUGAUGCAGCCGGACCUGAGCGCAGCUCUUCAGAAGACACUCUAAGUAACCUUCACGAUGCAGAAACCCCUGGAGCCGUGUCCCCAAACCAACCGCCGUUACUCCCUCAAACUCAUGGCACUAUGGUUAAUGGUGCUGUUCACCAUCACCAUCCUCACACCCAUCACCAGCUUCACUCUGCUACUUCUGGAAAUACUCAUAGUGCUUCAACAGCCUCAGGUGGGACACAAGCUGGGAUCCCACUUGGUAAUAUUGUCAUGUCUAAUGUCACACCAAACCCUGGAGCUUUACCAAUCAUAGACCAGAAAAUGCCUUCAAAUGUGGGAGGAAUAGGGGAUAAUUCCACUGUUGGCACAGUCAGUGUUGGUCAGCCCUUGAUUGCUGCUGCCCCAGGAAUGACUACUGGAAUGGCUUCUGCAGCAUCAGGUACUACUGCUAGUGUUAAGCCCUUAGCAAGUAAUGCUAAUAAUUUAAACUCCACUGUGCCUGGUUUGGGUGGCAUAAGUACAAACAGUAGUGGUGUAGCUCUUUCUAGUGGCUUAAAUAAUACUAAUAAUCAAAAUGUUAGUUUAAUGCGUCAACAGAGCAGCAGCGCAAGUAGUGCUGUGGCCACUGGCACUACCGCUUCUGCGGUUAUCGGGUCAUCAAGUGCCAGCCAUGUAGGAAUAACUGACAUAAUUCAACCACCUUCUGCUGCACCUGCCGCAAACUCACCCCAGCAGACCCCAAUGCCUGCCCCUCAUACCACCAGCUCACGUUUUCGAGUAGUUAAAUUGGACUCUACUUCAGAGCCAUUCAAGAAAGGUAGAUGGACAUGCACAGAGUAUUAUGACAAAGAAGGUCCAGGUACUGGGUCCUCUGAAAAUGCGCCUAGCACCCGAACAGUGGAGAGCAUCCGCCAGUUUGUACCUGACAGCUCAGAGAGAGAGGUUGUUGGUGUCAGCUCUGUAAGCAGCUCAGUCAGCACUCUAAGUCACUAUUCUGAAGGUGUUCCCAGUGUGGAUGUUGGGGGCUCUUCAAUGUUACAGCAGAGCUUUCCACCACCUGCUCACAUGCCUGAGUACUCCAUGCCUGCUAAUAUCACCAAGCCUCAGAUGCAUCCAAUCAAGAAGGCCAACACUGCCACCCCAGUGCCAGGUAGCAAUCAUCAGCAGGCUCCAGUCAACAUGGGAGGCUUGCAGACAACGACUGGCCAUCCGUCUCCAGCUGUACCCCCACAGCAGCUGACAUAUGCUCAAACAGCACAGCUGACUCCAGUUCAGAAUGUGCCAGGAGUCAGUCAGCAGCAGAUAGCUUACUCACCUGCUCCACAGCCAGCUACAGCAGCCCAAGUAGCCCCUGUGCAUGUCACUUCGCUAAGCCAAGGAGGUACCCGGCCAUCUGAUUUUGCCCAGUCUCCACAGUUAAUCCAGGUUGCAGCUUCAGGAUCAACACAAACCCUGCCCCAUCUGUCAACCACUAUGACUCCUAUGACCAUUACUGGCAAUGGGCAGUUGAUGCCCACUUCUCAGCCACCUGUGGGCAAUCUACCUGCUUCUGUGGCCCAUUCAGCUACUCAAGGUAUCCUGCAACCCCAGCAGGCACCACAGAUGGUCCAAGCUCCAACUGGUGGUGUCAUGCCACAGUUAGUACAGUCUACAGGUCCUGGAGUUGUACAACAGCCUCCAAAAGGGCCUCAGCUGCCAACACAACUCUCUGUGGAGCAACAGACUUCUCUCGGCAGCCAAGGCAUAGGAGCCCAGUUUAUCUCUGUUACUUCAAGUCUGCCCACAUCUAAUGUGCCUCUCUGUAUCAAGAGUGAUCCUCAGGCCAGCUUAUUCCAGAAUGGCUCUAAGGAUGGUGGGGCUCAGCCUGCAGUCAGUGCCCUUUAUGCCACCCUACCCCCGCUGGUUGCAACGCAGCUGGAGGAUGCUCAACGCCUUCUAAUUCAGCGGCAGUCCCUUCUCACACUUCCAAAACUAGCAACUGGUGAUUGUGCCUCACAAAGUGGCACCUCUUCAGCUCCUGAGGAGAGUGGUGGAGUCAGUGCCUUAACUGCCUCAGCCAGUCUGCUGAAGAACUUGCCUGUAGAUGGAGAAGAUGAUGGUUCUUCGGGUGCCAGUGUCGUGGCCAUAGACAACAAAAUCGAACAAGCCAUGGAUCUUGUGAAGAGUCACUUGAUGUAUGCUGUUCGAGAGGAAGUGGAGGUGCUGAAAGAGCAAAUCAAAGAACUAAUAGAAAGAAACUCUCAGCUGGAGCAGGAAAACAACCUGCUGAAGAACUUGGCCAGUCCAGAGCAACUGGCCCAGUUUCAGGCCCAAGUCCAGAGUGGUUCUCCACCAUCGUCCACACAGGGAGCACAGCAAUCAUCAAUGCCGGUGCAGCAGCUGCCCGCACAGAACUCUGGACCCUCUGUGUAACUUUCAAGUUUCCUGUGAAGAGGAAUUGAGUGGUCAACUGAGCGAAGGCAGACUUCACUUACAGAAAACACAUGCCUCUUGUACAAGAGUGCCAUGUCAAAGUUUGCACAUAUUUAAAGUCUAAGAACCUGACAAGGCUACACUACAUUGCUGUACACACUGCUGGCUGUCGGUUGCUGACAUGUUGGAUAUUGCCAAACUUCAUGGAUUGUGACUGUUGGGAGAAUAAAUAUUAAAAGUGGACACAACUCGAAUCACUGUGCCUGUGUCUAAAGGAUUUUAAGCGAUGUCAUUUUCCAGUGGUAUCUCUUGGCUUUGUAAUGGUGUUUCCAUACCUCACUUACUUUUGUAGUGGAAAUGCUGACCAGUCUUUUUUUAAGACUCCAAAAAGCAAGCACUUUAAUGAUGGUAAAUGUGAAAAUCCAUUGUUGAACAUCCAAUCAGUGCACCAUCAACAUGUGCAAGGUAUAUGAGAUGGUGUUACAAUUAUUUGCAUUAUGGUCAUCAUUAUACCUGGGUGAAUGAAGGGAUUAAAGUUGGUUAGGAGAGCGGUGUUGAUUUUCAGUAUUUAACAUUGAAUUCCUUAUUCGAUCUGUUGCGACUUCAAAGCUGCUGUUUCAGUGCAGUGACUCACAAGAAUCUGGGGGGAAUAAUGUCCUGAGAGAAUGAAUUGAAGAAUGAAUGUGGGCUUCUGUAUAUCCUUGUAUAUUUAGUGUAAGUAAUCUGUAAAAUACCGAUAUUGUGAGAAACACUAAGAGACACUAUUUAGGUUGUACAAACUAUAGAUUGGGUUGUUGGUUUGCCUGAGAUAUUUGACUUUUUUAUGCUGUUAUAAAAGAAUGGAGGUUUCAGUCUUAGGAUAUUUACAGGACAAAAGACAACAACUCAACUUCCUGGCUGUGUUAACACCUACUGUAAACCUUGUUCACUUGAAGUUAUUUGAAGUAUAUUGCACCCAUGUGAUUUGUUUCUGUUUUUGACAGUGAAGUACUUUGGAGCUCAAACCUUCAACUUAGUUAUUCUGAAUAUCUUUAAUAACUAAUAUGCAUUAUUACUGCAUUAUAUAUAAGUUGUAUGCUUAUGUUGCGUGCAUGUCUCUCAAAGCCGGUGAUAAGGUGUAAAAUAGUUCAAUUGCACUUCACAACUCCCAAUAAAAUGUUUAAGGAACCUUGA